UUAGUUGAUGUGAUCGAAAGGGAACCUCUUGUAGACGGUCAGACCUGUCAGUGCUGCUACAGGCGGAAGUGUGUUAUUGUGGACUCUCACGUUCAGCAUGGCGAAUGUAAUCGUGGGAUUGACCGUUGUUUUGGUGCUUCUUUGUGCUUCGUUUUCAGCGUCCAAGUCUCAAAAGCCAAAGAUCCAGCAGAUGAAGUACCGGUCAUCAAAGGCAUUCCAGAUCCUUGCAGAGGAAUACACUGACCACCUGACGUUUGAGUAUCUUGUGAAUCAGAUCCUGGUCCCUCGUGUACCUGGGACACAGGGAAACAAACAAGUCGGUGAUUUCAUCAAGAUUACCUUGGAGGCAAUGGGAUGGUACGUGGAGGAGGAUAUCUUCGAGGACAUGACCCCCCAUGGCAUGAAGACAUUCAGGAACAUCAUUGGGACUUACGACAUCAGUAAACCCCAAAGACUUGUCUUGGCUGCUCAUUAUGAUUCUAAAAAUAUCACAUCAUCUAAAGGUCAGGAGUUUUUGGGAGCAACAGACUCAGCUGUUCCUUGUGCCAUCUUAUUGGAUGUAGCCAGACAGCUGGACUGUCUUCUCACCAAGGGCAAUGGCAAAAUGGCAGAAAAUCUUACACCCCAACUUGUAUUUUUUGAUGGAGAAGAAGCUUUCCUUGAAUGGACGGCCCAUGACUCCUUAUAUGGAGCCCGACACCUUGCAGCAAAAUGGGCUGAUUCACCACAUCCCAUAUUUAACGAAAAAAGUUAUUUAUCUUCCAUAACAGCAUUUGUAUUGCUUGAUCUCAUUGGAUCAACAGAUGUGACAUUUACAAGCUUCUUCCCACAAACAGAAGACUUAUUUGAAUACCUUGUAAAAGUUGAAGAAACAUUGACUGAGAAAAAAUUCCUGAAUUCAACGGGACUCGAAAGACGCCAAAAGCUAUUUCACUCAAGUAGAUACAGCGGUUUUAUGGGUGGCGGUAUAGAGGAUGACCAUAAACCUUUUGAGAAGAGAGGUGUUCCCAUACUGCAUCUGAUCUCAUAUCCAUUCCCUAAAGUUUGGCACAAGAUGUCGGACAAUGGCAAGGCAAUUGAUUAUGCGGUUACUGAAAACUUUAACCGUAUCUUUCGGACAUUUGUAGCAGAUUUUCUCCAUCUAGAUGCAAACCAUAAUGGCUGUCGUCGACGGCGAAAGUAACAUUACCAUGGCAACUUAUUCAGCGAGCUUUUCAAGGACUGUGAUAUUGGGAUAUGCAAACUGUCUUUGCUCGGCCUGUCUAUAUUUUGUUAAUCUGACAAGGUUAAUUUUUAUGUUAAGUAAUAUGAUUUUCAAAAAUAUAUAUUCUUAUGAAAUGAGA